CAUUGGGAAAGACGACGACGACUAUGUAGGCGCGCGGCAGCAUAGGCGAAAGUCGGUGACUGGCCCUAUGGGCGGAUUUAUUUCGACGCCAUUGGCGCAGCUGGGCUUGAUAUCGGCAGAGGACGAUCGUCCGGACUCCUCGGUGCCAUCUGCCACCAGGUCGAGGGUCAUGCAGAUUAAUCGUGAGACACGUGGUGGCAAGACGCGCACAAGAAUAAGCGUCAUCCUUCGCUCGACAAGCUCGUCCUCGUCCGACACUACCAUGUCAAACGAAAGCUCCCAAUCAUCUGAGUCCUUUCCGUCUGAUAUCGCCAGUGAGAGCGGAAGCAGCAACUCUAACCUCAGCACCUUCGGAAGCUCGUCCUUCGUUUCUUCCUCGUCUGACUCAUCGUUUGGGCUAAACAUCAUCUCCAGUGCCAGCAGCAGCAGCUCCAGCAGCGUGUCUUCGGAUGAGAUGGCCACAAGAUCUCCUCCGAACAAGCGCCCGCGGCGUAGGUGGUUGUUCAGGUCUCACCGCUGGAAGUCCUCUCGCACCGUAGGCACUGACGAGCGUACAGAUGGUGGAGAGGCCAGCGCGAGUGGUGAAACAAGUGUUCCCGGCAGCAGCGCCGAUCUGCUGUCGAAGCUUCGCGAGAUGGAAGAGGCUUUGACCUGCGCCAUCUGCAUGAACCGGCGCCGUAACAUGGCGUUCAUGUGCGGCCACGGAUCUUGCAGCAGAUGUGCGGCCCAGAUCGACAUCUGUCACAUCUGUCGACGGCCCAUUGAGAAAAAGAUCAGGCUUCAUUAGGCUCUUGAAUUGUACCAACUCGCCCAACUUUCUAUCCCUUUUCAUUGGGCUCGCCUUCAUGCUGGAGCGGCAUAAUUAAAAUUCCUUUCCUUAUA